AUGGUGAUCUUGUCCGAAAAGUUAGUUCCCUAUUUUUUAGGUGUACAUCAUUUAACAAGGGAUGAAGCAAUUGAUCACAAUACGGCUUAUUCCACGGUGUUCUUUGGUCAAACGGUUCCAAUCAUUUGGGACGGCACAUACUUCUACAUAAAUAAAAGCAGCGAUCACUCAUUUCAAAGAGCAUCAUACUCUGGUCAGAAACAUCGACAUCUGCUAAAGUUCAUGUCAAUGUGUUUGCCCGAUGGUUAUUGUCUUGAUAUUCGAGGUCCAUUUUACGGAAAUAAAAAUGAUGCUAGUAUUUCUGAUUAUAUAGUUUCUACCAAAAAAGAACUCGAAGGAUGGUGCGAAAACGACGACGUGAUGAUUUGCGAUCGGGGUUUUAGAGAUGUGGUCGACGUUUUCAGUGAACUGGGCUAUGAACCCAAGAUGCCAGUCUACCUUAAAAAAGGUCAAAACCAACACACAACCAAGGAAGCUAACGAAUCGAGGCUAGUGACAAAAGUCAGAUGGGUCGUCGAAUCAUUUCAUGCAAGACUCAAAAAAUUCCGUUUACUUUCAGAACGCAUCGAUAAUCAACUAGUGCCGAAACUAGAACAAUGUGUUAGAAUUACCGCUGCUGCUUUGAGUAAAUACAGAGGCGCUAUAGUACAGAACAAAAAUAGUGAGGAAGAUAAAAAAAUGUUCCUCGUCAUGUAA